CUCGGGUCCAUUCUAUAAAACCUCCGCCCGCGAGGCUAGGGUUUCCUCCCAGCCGUCAUCGCUUCGCGUCCGCCGCAGCCCGCCGCCAGGAGAGUCCAGGAGGGAGUUCUGAGAAGCACAAAAUGGCUCCUAAAGCUGCUCCUGCGAAGAAGGAUGCCAAGACCCAGGCCUUGAAGGUUGCCAAGGCUGUGAAAUCUGGGGCAGUCAAGAAGAAGACCAAGAAGAUCCGCACGUCGGUGACAUUUCACCGCCCCAAGACCCUGAAGAAGGCUAGGGACCCGAAGUACCCAAGAGUCAGCGCUCCUGGAAGGAACAAGCUUGAUCAGUACCAAAUCCUCAAGUAUCCCCUCACCACGGAAUCAGCAAUGAAGAAGAUCGAAGAUAACAACACUCUGGUCUUCAUCGUCGACCUCAAGGCGGACAAGAAGAAGAUCAAGGCUGCUGUCAAGAAGAUGUAUGACAUUCAGGCAAAGAAGGUCAACACCCUGAUCAGGCCCGAUGGUAAGAAGAAGGCAUAUGUGAAGCUGACACCUGACUACGAUGCUCUUGAUGUGGCCAACAAAAUCGGCAUCAUCUAAGUUACAGGCUACUUUGUUAGGCAUCUGUGUCCUAGUUCUAUGUGAAACGAGAGUUUUGUAGCUAUUCCUUAUCUAGGGCCGCAGGGGCUCCAUUACCAUGUCUUGAUGCACACUCAUGAAUUUGGUACCGUCCAAGUGACCAGUUGAGCUAAUUUGAGCUUUGCACUUGCUUAUACUAUCAA